AUGAAUUUUUAAAGAAUCUAAAAGUUGAAUUAGAGAGACAUUAUAAGAGGAUCAAUUUUAAUUGUUCUUUCUAGUGGAUUUGGAAUUUGGACAUUAGGUAAAAUAAGUAAUUAUCUAAAACACAAAAAAAUGGAAAAAAUAUGUUUGGAAAAAAGAAAAAGAGCAAUUGAGGCUAUAAAUAAUUAUAAAUAAAAUCCUUAAGAAUGUUAAUUAAGUGAAGAUAUUUAAAAUUAAAUAUUAAAUGGUAAUGUAGCAUAAAUAAAAUAACUAUUAUAUGAUGGACGAACAACUGUUUUUGAAACAGUUGCUCAGACAAACUGAAUAUAGUGACAGAAAUAAAUUUUGAUGAGGCAUUAGAAGAAGCAAAGUAAAAUUAAGUAAUAUUGAAAUAGAAAACAAGAUGAGGAGAUAAAAAAAGAUAGAAAUGUAAUAAAUUAAUAUGGUUUAUUUGGUAUUCCAGUAUCAGUAAAGGAAACAUUUAUAUAGAGAAAUUUUGAUUAGACAUUUGGAUUAGGAGCAAACUGUUUUAAGGCUGCAUAAGAAGAUGGAAUAUAGGUUGCUUAAAUAAGAUAAGCAAGAGGUAUAAUAAUAGCUAGAACAAAUGUUCCUUAAGUUGCGAUGACAUUUGAAUCAUUUAAUCAUAUUUAUGGAAGAACAAGAAAUCCAUGGAAUAUUAAUAGGGCUGUAGGAGGAUCUUCUGGAGGAGAAGGAGCUUUAGCAGCUGCAAGAGGAAGUGUUUUAGGAAUUGGAUCAGAUAUAGGAGGAAGUAUUCGUAUACCAGCAGCAUUUUGUGGUGUAUAUGGAUUUAAACCUUAUACUGGAAGGAUUCCAGAUUAUGGAGAGGCAAAGAUUUCAAUUGCAACAGCAGGACUUAUGUAACUUAAGAUCUCUAGAGGACCUAUUGCUAGAUGUGUUGAUGAUUUAAUUGUUUUAACAAAGAUUUUAUUUGAUAAAGAAAUUUACUCUAAAAUUCCUUAAUCUAUUAAAGAUCCUUAUUUUCAACCUUAAGAAUUAGGAGAAUUUCCAAAAAAAAAAUAAUUAAGAGUUGGAUAUUUUGAUAUUUUUAAUGAUUUAGUAGCUCCAAAUUGUAUGAGUAGAGCAGUUAAAGAAACUUGUUAAAUAUUGAAAGAUUUAGGACAUGAAAUUGUUGAAUUUAAAGUAGAUAAAAAAUUACAAAGCUUUAUAGCUAAUUGUUUUUUAAAAAUACUAGUCGCUGAUGGUGGAAUGAAAUCUUAUAUUCAAGCUUUAAAUGGUUAAAAUUUUAUUUAAGAAUAUGAUUUAUUAGUUUUUAAUUCAAAUAGAUCACUAAGAUUUAAAAAAUUUAUUUUAUAACCAUUUUUAAAAUUAUUUAGAUAAAAUACACUACUAGAAUAUAAUAAUAAUUCAAAAGUAGAUGUAUAUUAAUAUUUGGUUGAUUCUGGUCUUAGAAAAUAGACUAAUUUAUAAUUUUGUUAAGCUAUAGUUGAUCAAGGAAUAGAUGUAAUAAUCUCUCCUGCUUUUGGUUUACCAGCAGUUAAACAUGGAAAUUCUAAAGAAUUAGCAUCUGCUGCGUAUAUACAUUAUUUAAUUAUAGAUUAUAUACUUGAUGUGGAAUGUUUUAGAUUUUCCUGCUGGCAGUCUUCCAAUCACAACUGUUUAAAAUGAUCAAGACUUAGAAAUCCCAGGAAAAUAAAAUUCAUGGGAUGUCAUUUAUCGUUUUAUGAAAAAUGAUUUAUAAGGAGCUAUAGGGCUACCUGUUAAUGUUCAAGUUGCAGCUUUACCAAACUAAGAUGAAAUGGUUUUAAGAGUUAUGAAAGAAAUAGAGACUGCUGUAAAGUUUAAUUCUAAACACCCAUAUCCAGAUUUAAACUGA